GUGAAGUGCUCUAUUUGGGGUUAUUCUCCGAAGUGUGGAAGGAAGCUGCAGCAGCUGCACUUAGGUCUCCUCUACAGCUAAGGCAGAUUUGCCAUGAUGGCUGCACUCUCAGAAGCAAUCAACACUUUUACCUUGAAUGUUUUUAAAGAAAUUAGUGAAAAAGACAGCUCACAGAAUGUGUUUUAUUCCCCCCUGAGCCUUUACUGUGCCCUGGCGAUGGUCUUAGAGGGAGCCAAGGGAAAUACUGCUGCACAGAUACAACAGGUUCUUUGUUUAAAGAAAGGUACAGAUGUCCACCAAAGUUUCCAGUCUUUUCUCAAAGAAACUGAUAAAACUAGUGGUCAAUGCCAGUUAAGAAUUGCCAAUAGGCUCUUUGGAGAAAAGACUCAUGAUUUUAUCUCAUCUUUUAAGGAAUCCUGCCAGAAAUUCUACCAUUCAAAUAUGGAAGAACUUGAUUUUGCUAAUGCAUCAGAGGAAGCAAGAAAAUAUAUAAAUAAGUGGGUAGAAGAAAAGACUGAAGGUAAGAUUGUUGAACUUCUCACUAAUGAUUCCAUUACUCAAUGGACCUCUCUGGUACUUGUGAAUGCCAUCUAUUUCAAAGGAAAAUGGGAGGAAAAAUUUGACAAAGAUAGAACAAGAGAACAGAUGUUCAAAAUCAGCAAGGAGAAGCAGAAACCAGUACAAAUGAUGUUUUUGAAAUCUCAAUUUAGGACAACCUACAUAAGAGAAGUGUCCACCCAGGUCCUAGUUCUGCCUUAUGUUGGAGGACAAAUGGACAUGGUCAUUUUGCUUCCAGAUAAGAACACAGAUCUAAAAAUGUUGGAAGAAAGACUUACUCCUGAGAAACUAACAGAUUGGUUAAAACCAGAGAGGAUGAAGAUGACUGAGAUGGAAGUUUUUCUUCCCAGAUUUAAAUUGGAGGAGAAUUUAGACAUGGAAAACAUCCUUCAAAAAUUGGGCAUGUCAGAUGUCUUUGAUAAGUCCAAGGCUGACUUCUCUGGGAUAUCAGCUGGGAAGAACCUAUUUCUAUCCAAGAUUUUACACAAAGCUUAUGUAGAAGUUAAUGAAGAAGGCACAGAAGCAGCUGCUGCCACUUAUGUAACCAUUGUCGCUACUUGUGCCAGAAUUAUUCCUCGAUUUGUGGUUGACCAUCCCUUCCUUUUUCUUAUUCGAGAUAACAGCUCAAAAACCAUUUUGUUUUGGGGCAAAGUGAUCUCUCCAUAGAGAGAUCAUUUAUUAGGGGGUAUAGGGAGUUCUACUUUUCUUUUACAACAUAUCUUUUUAUGGAAAUGUCUUGCAUAACGUCACAUGUGCCUUCUCAAGGGGUGGGGGAAACUUUGUGAGAGAAUAAGGGAGAAAAUGUGGAACUCCCAUUUCAAAAACAAAUAUUUUAAAAAAUGUUUUACAUGUAACUGGGGGAAAAUAAAUAAAAGUUAAAAAAAAGAGAGAUCAUUUAUUCUUG